AUGAUUAUGUUUCCUCUUUUUGGGAAGAUUCCUCUGGCUAUUUUGAUAUUUGUCCUGAUAAAAGGAGACUUUGCAUCAUUAACAGCACCGACGUACUUCUCUUUAGAGGAGAUCCAACAGCCCAAGAGCGCAGUUUCUUUUCUUCUGCCUGAAGAGUCCACAGACCCUUCUCUGUCCACUAAAAAGAAACAGCCUCUGGACCACAGGAAAGCUGAGCGACGGUGGUUACUCAGAAAACGGCGUUCUAGUCUGUUUCCUGACGGAGUGAAAAUCUGCCCCGACGAAAGUGUAGCGAAGGUUGUGGCAGACCAUUUGAAGUAUUUUAAAGUCCGAGUGUGUCAGGAAGCUGUCUGGGAAGCCUUCAGGACUUUUUGGGAUCGACUUCCAGGGCAUGAGGAACAUCGUUACUGGAUGAGUUUGUGUGAGAAUGGAAUCACGAGUAUAUUUGAAAUGGGCACAAAUUUUAGUCAGUCUGUGGAACAUAGAAGCUUGAUCAUGAAGAAAUUGACUUACACAAAGGAAACUCUAAGGAGCUCUGAAUUGUCGUCCUCUGUUCCUGUUGGUACUUCAACAUUGGGAGAUACUCCUCUCGGUGUUCCAGAUGCAGGAGGAGCCUCCUAUGAAGGUGCCUCAGAAAGCAGCUUCGAGCAGCCAGAAGAAAGUAUUAGCAAUGAAAUUGAGACUGCCAUAGAAGAAUCCACAAAACCAGCAACUGAACAGAUUGCAGAAUUCAGUAUCCACCUUCUGGGAAAGAAAUACAGAGAAGAACUACAGGAUCCCUCCAGCUCUUACCACCAGCAUCUUGUAGAAGAAUUUAUUUCAGAAGUUGAAAAUGCAUUUACUGGGCUACCAGGCUACAAGGAUAUUAGUGUACUGGAAUUUAGGCCCACCAAGGAAGGUGACAGUGGCAUAGAUGUUCACUAUGCAGUUACCUUCAGUGGUGAGGCCAUCAGCAAUACCACCUGGGACCUAAUUAGCCUUCACUCCAACAAGGUGGAAAACCAUGGCCUUGUGGAAUUGGAUGAUAAACCCACUGCUGUUUAUACAAUUAGUAACUUCAGAGAUUAUAUUGCUGAGACACUGUACCAGAGUUUUUUGCUGGGGAACUCAUCAUUGAAUCCAGAUCCUGAUUCCCUUCAGCUGAUCAAUGUGAAAGGAGUUUUGCUUUCCCAGACUGAGGAGCUAGUUUGGAACACACAAAGUGUAAGUCUUCAGGCAACGCCACCGUCUCUUCUGGAUAACACCCUUCAGGUUGAAUGGCCCUCAGCAGAUGAGUCCACCACAGGCAGCGUCUCACUCCUUGAUUUCAACUCUGGCCCUUCCUCAACCACUGGCAGCAAAAUUUGGUCAGAAACCCUUUUGGGUGAUUUGGGGUCUACACCCAAAUUAGCCUUUCCCUUGAAGGUGGCCCUCAAUUCUUCUCCGAAGAUUUUAGAAGUUAGCAACUCGACUCUUCAUGCUGUCACCUCAGCAGUGCUUCAGACUGUGGCUUCUGAGGAAAUGACUUCCGGAUCUCAAGUAUUGGAAGAUGGAUUGACUGACAUUGAAGAGUCAGAAGAUUUUCUUUCUAUUGAUUCAUUGCCUUCAAGUUUAUUUACUCAAACUGUGCCAAAAGAAAUAAUACCACCAAUGAAAGACUCUGACGUGUCUUCAGCAUUCUCACCAUAUGUGACCUCCUCUGAACCAUUACAUCUUCUUGUUAAAGAAAUAACCAUACCUUUGGGCUUGACCUCCAAAGUCAAAGGUCAAUUAGAAUCGAACUAUUUGCUGCCAGACACAUCCAUGGAAAAAGAGUUCGUAUUUGAAAGUGGUUCAGGUUCAGGUUCAGGUUCAGGUUCUGGACAAAAGGUAGAUUUAAUUACUUGGCCAUGGAGUGAGACUUCAUUAGAAAAGAACACUGAAUCAUUGUCCAAGUCACAGCUUGAAGAUGAGGAUUCACUUUUACUGCAUGAGAGUGCAGAUGAGAAACUAAUUAACGAUGACAAAAUGGGUCCCACAGAACAAAUUACUGAGUUCUCAAAAUACGGGCAUGAUGAUAGUUCCACAAAUUUUGUAGAGGAAGAGCCCUUUGAUGGACCUACUGUGCCUAUCUUUGUAGAGACCACAACUCCGUCUGUACCUCUAAUUCUCUCCAAGCAUAUAUCAGAGGUACCUGACAUUGAUUAUCACUCAGUUACCAAAGCACCUCUUCCACCGGCAUCUAUUGCAAUCUCUGAUUCUAUUGAUAAACCAGAUAAAGUAGACAUUUUUCUCAAGGAGGACAUAGAACAAACUUCGGGGUCAUCCAACCAUGAGUGGCUUGACAACAAAGUUUCAAUGAUAAAGCCAGAAGCUCAAACUUUGAGGACUGUGUCACUAGAAUCAGAUGUAUUCUGGGCAGGAACUUCUUCCUUAGAGAUAUUGUCCAGAAACACAUUGCCAAGUACACCAGAAAGUACUGAAAGACUCUGGUUGAAAAAUUCCAUGACAGAGUCUACCAAAUUGCCUCCAACCACAAGUUCCACCCUGCAGGAAGAUGAAGUAAUUAUGAGUGUACAGGAUAUUUCAUUAGAACUGGACCGGGUAGGCACGGAUUACUAUCAGCCUGAGCUAAUUCAAGAACAAAAUGGCAAGGUUGGUAGUUAUGUGGAAAUGUCUACAAAUGUUCACUCCACAGAGAUGACUAUCGUGACUCAGCCCACACAAGGAGGUGACUCGAAUCACACCCAGACCACAGGAGCUUUGUUAGUUUUCUUCAGCCUUCGAGUGACUAACAUGAUGUUUUCAGAAGAUCUGUUUAAUAAAAACUCAUUGGAGUAUAAAGCUCUGGAGCAAAGAUUCUUAGAAUUGCUGGUUCCCUAUCUCCAGUCAAAUCUCACAGGGUUCCAGAACUUAGAAAUCCUGAAUUUCAGAAAUGGCAGUAUUGUGGUGAAUAGCCGAAUGAAGUUCACCAAAUCUAUCCCUCCUAAUGUCAACGAUGCAGUAUACAUGAUUCUGGAAGACUUUUGCACCACUGCCUAUCAAACCAUGAACUUGGCCAUUGAUAAAUACUCCCUUGAUGUGGAAUCAGGUGAAGAAGCUAACCCUUGCAAGUUUCAGGCCUGCAAUGAAUUUUCUGAGUGUCUGGUUAACCCAUGGAGUGGAGAAGCAAAGUGCAGAUGCUACCCUGGGUAUCUCAGUGUGGAAGAACUGCCCUGUCAGAGUCUCUGUGAUCUACAGCCUGACUUCUGCUUGAAUGAUGGAAAGUGUGACAUUAUACCUGGGCAUGGGGCCAUUUGUAGAUGCCGGGUGGGUGAGAACUGGUGGUACCGGGGCGAGCACUGCGAGGAGUUCGUUUCUGAGCCCAUAGUGAUCAGCAUCGUCAUUGCCUUGGUGGUGGGACUUCUCAUCAUCUCUGCUGUUGUCAUCUACUUCCUCAUCAAGACUCUUCAAGCACAGUAUAUUAGGAGAGAAAGAGAGAGAGCCUUUAGUGGCUCCAGCAGACAGGCUGACAGCCUCUCAGCCAUUGAGAAUGCAGUGAAGUUCAACCCCAUGUAUGAAAGCCACAUGCCCGGGUGUGAGCAGUAUCCUCCAUAUGCCUUCUACAGCUCUGCUAGCGAAGAGGUGACGGGUGAUCCGAACAGAGGAGAACUCAGACAGAUGUAUGAGAGGCAUGAGCUUUCCAGAGAGGAGAUUCAAGAGAGAACAAGAAUUUUGGAACUGUAUGCCAAUGAUCCGGAGUUUGCAGCAUUUGUGAGACAGUACAAAAUGAGUCUGCCAACCUUGCUGAAUGUGUCAGAGAUACUGCCAGGAGUCUGCCUAUUACACUGGGUAGUCACUCCUCCCUGUGCUUUCAGCUACCAGACAGCCCGUGGCUCCCUUACAGUAGUAGCCAAUAGAAAAAAUAUGAGUGAUGUUUUUGUCUUUUCUAAGACUCCUUCAGAGCCGCUCAGGAGCUAA